CAGUCGGGGCCGGGCGCGUGGCCGGGCCAGGGCGAUGAGCGGGGCCGGUGCGCGGGGGCUGCGGGUGGACGGGCUACCCCCGCUGCCCAAGAGCCUGAGCGGGCUGCUGCACUCGGCGUCGGGCGGCGGCGCGGCGGGGGGCUGGCGGCACCUGGAGCGGCUGUACGCGCAGAAGUCGCGCAUCCAGGACGAGCUGAGUCGCGGGGGCGCGGGCGCCGGCGGGGCCCGGAGCGCAGCGCUGCCAGCCAAACCUCCAAACCUGGACGCCGCGCUGGCCCUGCUGCGCAAGGAGAUGGUUGGCCUUCGACAGCUGGACAUGUCCUUGCUCUGCCAACUGUACAGCCUGUACGAGUCCAUUCAGGAGUACAAGGGAGCCUGCCAGGCAGCAGCCAGCCCCGACGGCGCUUACGCUCUGGAGAAUGGCUUCUUUGACGACGAGGAGGAGGACUUCCAGGAGCAGGACCCCCUGCAGGCCGGGAGGGAACGCGGCCCUCCGAGGGACCUGUCACUGCCCGCCGCCCCUCUCUCCAGCAGCGACUGGAUUCUGGAGUCCAUCUAGACGGUCUCUGGGGAAGGCGACUCUUACUACCGACACGGGCAGCAUUUGCUUUCCCUCUUGCAAGAAGGCUCCUCUGCUCAUGGGGGGUGUUCCCCAGGCUUGCAGGACCAGUGCUGCCUGUUUAAUUUGUAGGCAGGGAGAGCUCCAAUGGACACCUGGUGGCAGUCUGUUUGGAUGGCCGAGUUUCUGCUUAGGUGCACAGCAGUAUUCUGACACCCUGGUACCGAUGACUCACAGUGACAAUAUGACAAGAGAAUCCUGGAGAAGAUCCUCGUGGGAAUUUCCUGUGAGACGACUUCUAGUUCGUUCCUUCUCGACAGAUGGAAGACGAUUGCCACCGUCUUUGUUGUAGGGUUUGCCUCGAGUUGCCAUGCGUCAAAGCUAACAUUUCACGGCUCCCUUCCUUAGUACCUUCUUCAGCCUUGCUUGGUUUUUCAUGAGCUUUUGAGCCUCUUGGUUGAGCUUUAUUUAUUUGUAAGCUGCAUUACCAACUGUCCAGGUGACUCCAUGUAAGCUCUAUACUGAAAAGGCAAACAUUUCAGGUUACACCAAUCAACUGCAUUCUCUGAACCUGUCAAAACAACGUGUAUCGUUCCUUGCCCAUCAGAUAUAUAGGAGGAAGGAAGAGCAUCGAUUGGGAAAGAACUGCGCCAGCUCACGUUUUGUAUCAUUCAUUGUACGGUGGCAAAUGUCUUUGUUUCUAAAGAUUCUGAAUGUAAACUAGUAUGUUAGAAAGUGAGUCCCCCGCCUUCGCUCAAAACAGUGAUCACCUUAAGCCUUAAUAUAUUUAUUAAAAUCCUUUAUGAACACUUUA